CGAAAUGCCACCGAGUAGUAAGCCGCACCAGAGCCUCCUCGACGCCAUCGAGCGCGGCGACGCUGACGCCGUCCAUAGCCUCUUGAAGGCCGCCGACAUUGCCUCGUCGUCACCGGAAGCAAGCCGGUCGCUCAUCGCCGCCGCCUGUCUCUCGCGCUCGUACUUGAUCCUGACGUCACUCAUUGACCACGGCGCCUUUGUCUUCCUCGCGUCGCUGCCCGAAGCGCGCAACCGCCACAUCGUGUCGCAGUUCAUGAACCUCGCCGUGCAAGGCGGCAACCUCAGCAUCGUCGCGUGUCUUGGCCGGCUCACCGGCAUCAACAUGGCCGACUGCUACGAGACGCGAACGCUGCCGGACGGCCGAAAGGAGCUACUGACCCCGCUCCUCGUCGCGUCGAUCCACGGUGACGUGGCCAUGAUCAACUAUCUUCUCGAGGCCAACGUGGAUGUGAACUAUGGCGCAACCCGGGACGGCAACUCGCCGCUGUGCAUGGCGACCGCUCAUGGCCACCAUGCGGCCGUGCAGAUCCUGCUCGAGGCCGGCGCCAACCCAGAGCACCGCAACGGCAAGGGUGAGAGCGCCUAUGACAUGGCCCGCGCGUACGGCCACCUCAACAUCCUCUGCCUUCUCGGCAUGGACGACCAGCACGGCCACAUGCACGUGAGCGGCCGCGCGAUCGAGUCGACGAUCCAGCGCAUCCGGCGCUCCAAGGCGCACACGUCGUUCGCGGUCCGAGAGCGCGAAAAGGUCGACUUUAGCUCGCUGCACAAGAAGAUAUCGAGCCUGAAAGGUCGGAUUUCAGGCCAGAACGGGCGGCUCUCGGCCGUGCACUCGUCGUCGUCGACGUCGAGCGACCCCACGGCCUCGACACCCUAGUCGAUGCCAUUAGCUUAUUUAUACACCACCACCUUUCUUCCUCG